ACCUGGCAGAAUUAUGGCAACAACAAAAAAAAACCAACAAUUAUUGAUGACUACAAGGAAACCAUGUUAUAAAAGGGAGCUGAAAAACCAAAGUUUGGUGGAGCAUGGAGUGGGCAGUGGCUCCCAUGUAUCUCCAGCGCUGCUUGCUCUGUCUAUAUAAAAUAAAGCAACCUAAAUUUUGAUUAAUAUCGAGACUUUUGUUCCUCAGUUCUAACAAUCGCAACCGCAGCAUCGCUCUCCCGGCGACAUCGGGAGGCCCCAAUGACGUCAUCACCCCUCAGACUACAGCUCCCGGCAGCCACCGCGCGGCCCCAUGCGUUUCCUGCCUUACGUCAUCUCUACACGCCGCGCGGGCUGUGCCGCCGCCAUGGUGCAGCUCGGGAGCCGCCUCCUGAGGGGCCGCGGCGGCCACGUCGUCAUCCGCUUCGCGCUGGGGGGCUGCACCAACCGCCCGUUCUUCCGCAUCGUGGCGGCCAACAGCAGGCGGCCCCGCGACGGGAGGUACCUGGAGCAGCUGGGCUGCCUUGACCCGCUGCCCAACGCGUACGGAGAGAAGGUGGCGGGGCUCAACCUGGAGCGGCUGCGCUACUGGCUGGGCUGCGGCGCGCAGCUCUCGCGGCCCGCCGAGAAGCUGCUGGGGCUGGCGGGGUUCCUGCCGCUCCACCCCAUGACGGUGACCGCCGCCGAGAGGCUGCGCCGGCGACGACAACUCGAGCAGCAGCCCGAGGCUGCACCUGCGGACGGCUCGGCCGAGCCCGGAACCGGCACCGACCCCGCGGCCUGACACGGCCCGGCCGGGAGGGGCUCGAGCGGCCCGGCACCGCAGCGAGCCGGGGCUGCACCGACCCAAGGACUCCUCCUGCUUUGUCAGUGCUCCUGGCCCCAUUAAAAUGUUACCUCUACACUCUA